UUAGUCUGUUCCCACUGAGAAAGUUAUUCCCAGCCAGAGAGGAGGAGUGCCUGUGACAGUCCAUCUCCAACCCCAACAACAACCCCAGUCUGCUUUGGAAACAGUAGUCGGCGUGCUGAGCCAGGAGCUAACCAUAAGCUCCCUCUCUCUCUCUCUCUCUCUCUCUCUCUCUCUCUCUCCGGGACACAGCGAAGGGGAGAACUCCUUCCACAACACGGCGGUCCUCCAUGGCUCUGGUCAACGGAGACAGCAAGCUGGAGAUCAGCAGCGCAGAGCAGAAUGGAUCAUGUGAGGGGGCGGUGGCGAUCCUGGAUGCUGGGGCCCAGUAUGGCAAGGUGAUUGACAGACGGGUGCGAGAGAUGUGUGUACGCUCUGAGAUCCUCCCUCUGGAGACCCCGGCCUUCGCCAUCAGAGAACAGGGCUACAGAGCGAUCAUCAUCUCCGGAGGUCCAGCCUCUGUGUAUGCAGAAGACGCCCCCUGGUUCGACCCGGCCAUAUUCACCAUAGGAAAGCCUGUGCUUGGGAUUUGCUAUGGGAUGCAGAUGAUGAAUAAAGUUUUUGGCGGCACAGUGCACAAAAAGAGUGUCAGGGAAGAUGGAGUCUUCAGUAUUGGACUGGACAACACUUGCUCUCUCUUCAGGGGCCUUCAGAAGGAGGAACUGGUCCUGCUGACUCACGGAGACAGUGUGGAUAAAGUGGCUGAAGGCUUUAAAGUGGUUGCCCAAUCCGGGAACAUCAUUGCUGGGAUUGCUAACGAACAGAAGAAGCUGUACGGGACACAGUUUCACCCUGAGGUGGACUUGACGGAGAGAGGCAUCGAAAUGCUCCGUAACUUCCUGUUUGAGAUCGCAGGAUGCACAAGUAACUUUACCGUACAAAACCGCGAAGAAGUUUGCAUCAACGACAUCAAAGAGAAAGUGGGCAAAUCUAAAGUGCUGGUGCUGCUGAGCGGUGGGGUCGACUCGACAGUUUGCACAGCUCUCCUGAACAAAGCUCUGAACCAGGAGCAGGUGAUUGCAGUUCACAUCGACAAUGGCUUCAUGAGGAAGAGGGAGAGUCAGAGUGUGGAGGAGGCCCUCACCAAGCUGGGCAUCAAACUCAAAGUGGUCAAUGCUGCUCACACCUUCUACAACGGAACAACAACCCUCCCCAUCUCUGAGGAGGACAGGACGCCACGGAAACGCAUCAGCAAGACUCUGAAUAUGACUACCAACCCAGAGGAGAAAAGAAAAAUUAUUGGAGAUACAUUUGUCAAAGUUGCCAAUGAAGUGAUUGGAGAGAUGAAUCUGAAGCCAGAGGAAGUUUUCCUGGCCCAGGGUACCUUGCGGCCGGAUCUCAUCGAGAGCGCCUCUCAUCUCGCCAGCGGGAAGGCAGAGGUCAUCAAAACGCACCACAACGACACCGAGCUCAUCCGCAAACUCCGAGAUGAGGGAAAAGUCAUCGAACCCCUGAAAGACUUCCACAAAGACGAGGUCAGAGCGCUGGGCAGAGAGCUGGGUCUGCCAGAGGAGAUCGUCUCCCGACACCCUUUCCCUGGCCCUGGUUUGUCCAUCCGAGUGAUUUGUGCAGAGGAGCCCUACAUCUGUAAGGACUUUGCCGAAACAAACAACAUCCUCAAAAUCAUCACAGACUUCUCUGCCAGCGUCAAAAAGCCUCAUACCUUGCUGCAGAGAGUCAAGUCGUGCAUAUCAGACGAGGAGGAGGAGAAGCUCAUGCAGAUCACCAGCCUUCAUUCACUCAAUGCCUUCCUGCUGCCCAUCAAAACUGUCGGCGUCCAGGGUGACUGCCGGUCCUACAGUUACGUGUGCGGUGUCACGAGUAAAGAGUCCCCUCACUGGGAAUCUCUCCUGUUCCUGGCCAGACUCAUCCCUCGCAUGUGCCAUAGCAUCAACAGAGUUGUUUAUGUGUUUGGGUCUCACGUGAAGGAGCCCCCGACAGACAUCACCCCCACCUUCCUGACCACAGGCGUUCUGAGCACACUCAGACAGGCGGACUUUGUAGCUCACUCUCUUCUCAGAGAGUCUGGCUACUCCGGUAAGAUCAGCCAGAUGCCGGUCAUUUUGACCCCACUGCACUUUGACCGUGACCCACUGCAGAAGCAGCCGUCCUGCCGGCGCUCUGUGGUGAUCCGCACCUUCAUCACCAGCGACUUCAUGACCGGCAUCCCCGCCCAACCCGGCAACCAUAUCCCAGAAGAGGUGGUGCUGAAGAUGGUGAACGAGAUCAAGAAGAUCCCGGGCAUCUCCAGAGUCAUGUAUGAUCUGACCUCCAAACCACCCGGCACCACAGAGUGGGAAUAAAACACGACGACAAGACCAACAGGACACACACUCAACACACAAUGCACAAACACAUUUACAAAUAUCAGAGAGGGCUGGGGAACUCCUCUCCUUUUCUCUCCUUCCUACCUCCCUACCUCCCUACCUUCCCUCACCUCCUCCCUCCCUCCCUCCUCUCUUCAACAUUCCCAAGGAAGGCAGAGCGUACUGUGACGGGCGCACAUGCAAAGGCGCCACCACUCCUCCCUGGUCUUAAUAUUUUUCGGUGAUAGGGACUGAUUAAUGUUGGUUAUUGAUAAUAUAUUGUCAUUUUUGAUCCAUGUUGCAUCUAUGUAUUUCCUCUCUGUGACUAUAAAAAGGUAAAUGACUGCUUUCUGUUUCAGUCAUUUAAACGUGAGAAGCUGUGAGAGUUCAGAAAGAUGUCGUACCUCAGGUUGCAUUAUGGGACGAGUUCAAAAUAAGAAACAAGCAAAAGUAAAAAGUGUCAUGAAAAAGAGCAGGAGAGUUUUAGUCAUUUUGUUUUAAUACACCGAAGACUAUCCUCCCUGUCCAUCUACAGCCUGUAUACUGUGCUAUAGAAAAGGCUGUUAGUUUUUAAAAAGUAAAUCUGAACAGGCAGCCUUUGUGACCAAUCAAUUAGGUUUAAGCUUUUUUGUUUUGCCAAAAGUAGAAUAUAUUGUGUGAUGUAUAACAUUGAAAUGAUCCGAUCCGGGCUACAUAUGUUGACUUGUUGCUGAAACACAUUGUCAACCCCAGAUUAGCUCCAGUAUGAUAAGGAAGCAGGAGGCCAAUAGAGUGGUGCAGGAACGAGUCUCGAAGCCUGGAGAUGAUUUAGCAUUUUACCACUUCCAGUUGUUAGCCAGAAAUAAGGUCUGUGGUUAACGCAAGAGAUUACAACGUUUUAAUCAUAUUAUAAAUUACCUCAGUAAAUACCCCACUGGUGAAUUUAAAAAUGGUUGUUGCCAAAAAGUGAAUACAAUAAAGUAAUUAACGUCAUCACGACGAACAUUAGCCACAUUUAGCUUAGCGGUGGGGACGUGUCUAGUGAACGUGCUGUAGUUCCUUUUAUAGCCUUUAGUUAGCUUAGUUAGCAUAGCCCAUAGUUAGCGAAGUUAGCUUAGUCUAUAGUUAUGUUUUUACUGCCUAUUGCAUUUAUGCUUCAAAAAUCACAAAGUGGUGUUAAUAUGUGGAGUUUAUCCUGCUGAACAAAAUGUUUAAGUGUCAUGACUGUUUGUUUGUUUUCAGUAGAGCUUAUUUCCCACCAAAUUCCAAUGGAAAUGUGAGCCCUUUGCGAUGCUAACUCGGCCUAAAGAAAUGCAUCAACACUGCACCACUCUAUCUAUAGCGAUGGGUAACUUUUGUAUGUGCCUGUUCUUAUUGUUUCUGUUGAUUUCUUUCUAACCUGGACUCUUAAUGUGUCUAGAAAAGGAGGAUAAAACACUGUUUCUCCUCAUGCUGCAAUAUGUAUGCUUUUUAUGAAGAAUUAAACAGGGCAGGAGGACUAAUUAAUAACUAAAGUAUAGUAGAGUUUAUAACCACAUUGUGUAAAUUGCUGUUGUCAUUUCAUCAUUAUUUGGCUGCUCUUUUGCACAUGUUUUCAGUUCAAUAUCGAUCCUUAUUAAGUGUGUUGCUCUGUAGUGUCAAAAGUCAGGUUAAGAGUCUGUUGCCAUCUCUAAUGUACGUUCACUCAAAAAGGCAUUUAUUAUUUCUGUUCUGAAGCACAUCAUCACCUGUAGUCUGGCCAUUUAGAGCUCAGUGAAUACAGUGCUCAGGUUUAACUGAGAUUUUAAAGUGUAUUGUAACCCGGUAUAGGCAUUUCACUCAGACUCAGUGGUUCUCAUAAAUUUGUAUUUGUGCCUCUCACCCUCUGUUGACCUUAAGUGGUAAAAUCCUCCUCCUGCACCAUUAAUGCUUUUCCUAACUUGUCACUGUUUGGCCUUUUAUAUCUAUUUUCUGUUACAUAUGUCUCCAUGGAAAGCUUGAUACUAUUGGACACAUCAUUUGGAUUUAAUUGCAAUAUUGAUAAGAUUAAGUUAUGCAAUUUACUGUCUGCUGUCUUUUUUCUUUUUUUUUGAACGCUCAUUUUCCUUAGUAACGUGCCUCAAACCAAGCCACUGCAUGCAGUUUCAACUAUGAUGACAUUUGUACAAUGGAAAAACUGAGCUUUAAUAAAGAUCUCCAUGUUGAAACUUCUCACCUACAAA